GUAGAAAACAAUUCCGAAAAUUUGAAAGAAUCUUUUUGUUUGAAAUAAAUUAGACAUUUAUGAUGAAAUUAAUGUAAUCUGGUUUUUAACAGUAACUGAAAUACCAGUAACAUCGUUCUUAAAUUUUCAAAGGGUGACUUCAAUUAUAUACGAGUUCACAUUAAAAAUUGGGUAGACCAUUCGGAAAUUGAAGUCACAACUAGAUCACUUCAAAUUUUGUCCAGUGAAUAAUCGAAUCUUUAAGACAGCGCUGAAUUUGCAAAUUCUUGGACAACAUGGGAGACAAUAACAACAUAACGGUGCCAGAAAGAAUCGAAAUGCCCAAAGCAUCAGUAAAUAUACUAAGACAGACACAUCCAGCCGCGGAUUUGUCUUUGAAUGUAAAACGUGCUGAUGAGAACACCGAUUUGACCCAAGAGCAUUCCUCUGCAACACUGCCAGCAUCACCAUUACCACAUACUGACGAAAAACAAUCGCCCGAACUCAAAAGAGACGACGAAUCUAAAGUAGAAACAUAUUUUCAAAAAAUAGACCUCGAUGCCACUUCUACUUCUGUAACCAACACAUUGAGCAGAAAAGCCGACACACCAAUGCAAAGUUUCACAAAAACCGAAGCUGCAGAACAAAACCAGCAAAUGCUAACGGUUCCGCGUUACAAAAGUGAAAUAAUAACCAACAAAGAUGAAUUAAACGGAAAAACUUCUGCUACCGGAAGCCCAAAUUUCAACAAAAUGAAACAUUUAUCAAGCAACGUCUUUCCCGUUGGAUGUAUGGGAUGCAAAGAAGAUGUACACUCAUCUUCCUCGAGGAGAUUUCUGAACGCUAACGAAGCCACUAUAGACCAUGUGGGGCACAUGGAAAAUACUCCUAGAAAACGCCCGACCAGCAGAACCCGUGACACCAUCCGGAACCCAGUGACUGGGGCGGGGGUUGAAAAUUAUUCCGAUAAACAAAAAGUACCAUCAGGCAAAAGAAAGGACGGAAAUCCACUGUUGGGAACUGGUUACGAAGAUCCCGUGAGAAGAAGCGAAACCAGGGUUCCACCGGGGGGGUUUUCACAGGGCAUUUGGUAGCAUAAUGUUCGACAGUUAUAAAAUUACCAAAAAAACGUCUUGUUCAAAAUUUUAAAUAUCUUUUGUGGCCGUUUAUCAGAAUCUAUUAUUAUGGAAAAUGAGCAAAAGUAAUGUUUUGUAACACUAAAAUUACAGUAUAUUAUAAAUGUCUCUUUGAGUUUA